AUGCGUCUAUCAUCAUCUUCAUCUGGUGUAAAUUGUAGUCACUUGGAGAAAUUCUCUCAAUGCCUUUUAGAUAUUGGUGAUGGUAAUUUGGAUUUGCCUCAUGAUGGAGUUGCAAAAAUUGAGAUACCUUCAGAAUUAUUAGUAAAUGAUUAUGAGGAUUUGAUUAGUGCAAUUGUGUCUUCCACAUAUUCAAAUCUUAUAGAAAAUAUAGAUAGCAGUUCUUACUUUAAUGAUAGGGUUAUAUUAGCACCCAUAAUUGAUGUUGUUAAUCAAGUUAAUGAGUAUAUGUGUUCACUGCUGCCAGGUGAACUUGUUGACUACUUCAGGUAUGACUCAAUUUGCAAAUCAUUAUGGGAUGAUGAUGGCAUUGAUGAUCUAUACACAACUGAAUUUUUGAACACAUUUAACAGUUCUGGGUUGCCUUCACACAAGUUGACAUUAAAGGUUGGAUCUCUAAUCAUGCUAUUAAGAAACAUUAAUCAAGCAUAUGGAUUGUGCAGUGGCACAAGGUUACGUGUUACUCAUUUAGGCAAGUUUGUGAUUGAAGCAAUAACGUUGAGUAGAUCACAUUCUAACCAAAAGGUUGUAAUUCACUGCACGGACAUGGAUCCAUCUAAUAGUUGGUUGUCCUUUAUGAUGUAA